AGGGAAUUAGAGGAGACGAUUUAAAUUAUUUGGAUUUUCUGCGUAUUGAUCAUAAGUGUAUAUGUAGAUCAAAAGUUAUAUCAACCACACAUUAGUAUUUCCUUAGUUAAACCCUCUUCUCUUUAAAACUCCAACUCUAGGGUUUAAGCUUAAGCUCCACAAAUUUCCAUUUUCACCUUAAACCUUCACCACCGCCAUGCCACUCUCCGCCGCACUCCUCCGCUCCAUCCGCCGUUCCUCCGCCCUCAUCAGAACUCAAUUCAUAACCUCCCUCCACCCUCCACCACCUCUACAAAACCCUAAUUUCCUCCUCCCUCACCGAUCCUUCGCAUUUUCCUCCGCCGAAGAAGCCGCCGCCGAACGCCGCCGUCGCAAGCGUCGCCUCCGUAUUGAACCACCAAUCAACGCUCUCCGUCGCGAUCCACUACCUAGGGGACCACCUUCUCCCGAUGACCCUCGAUCCCGUCUCCCCGAUACCACGUCAGCAUUGGUGGGCCCCCGGCUUAACCUUCACAAUCGGGUGCAGUCUCUUAUACGUGCUGGAGAUUUGGAUUCCGCGGCCGCCGUUGCUCGGCAUGCUAUUUUUUCGAAUACACGGCCGACUGUGUUUACGUGUAAUGCUAUAAUCGGUGCUAUGUAUCGUAAUGCUCGGUAUAGUGAUGCUAAAGCGCUGUUUCAGUACUUCUUUAAUCAGUAUAAUAUUAUUCCGAAUGUUGUGUCGUAUAAUCAUUUAAUUGUCUCACAUUGCGAAGCUGGUGAGGUGGAUGAAGCUUUGAAAGUAUACAAUCACAUUAUUGAAAAUGCGCCUUUCAGUCCGUCUGCUGUUACGUAUCGUCAUCUUACGAAGGGAUUGAUUGAUUCUGACCGGAUGAGGGAGGCUGUCGAUUUGCUUAGGGAAAUGCUUAAUAAAGGACAUGGUGCUGAUUCGUUAGUUUAUAAUAAUUUGAUUUUGGGGUUCUUGAAUUUGGGUAAUUUAGAGAAAGCGAAUGAGCUUUUUGAUGAGUUGAAAGAGAGGUGUACUGUUUAUGAUGGGGUGGUGAAUGCUACUUUUAUGGACUGGUUUUUCAAGCAGGGGAAGGUAAAAGAGGCUAUGGAAUCAUAUCGAUCUCUUCUUGAUAAGAAGUAUAGGAUGGUUCCGGCAACUUGUAAUGUGCUGUUGGAGGUGUUGUUGAGGCAUGGGAGGGAAACUGAGGCGUGGGCGUUGUUUGAUGCAAUGCUGGAUGAUCACACACCACCAACAUUUCAGGCUGUGAAUUCCGACACUUUUAAUUUAAUGGUGAAUGAGUGUUUUAGGUUAGGGAAGGUCUCAGAGGCAUUGGAGACCUUCAAGAAGGUGGGGAAGGGCCUCAAGACCAGACCUUUUGCGAUGGACGUAGCUGGUUAUAAUAAUAUGAUAACAAGACUUUCUGAGCUUGAAAUGAUGGAGGAAGCAGAAAAAAUUUAUAUGGAGUUGUGUAAUAAGUCGUUGAGCCCGGAUGUCACAACUUAUAGGACCAUGAUUGAGGCAUAUGUGAAGAUGGAGAAUGUUGAAGGCACCUUGGAGAAGUACACAAAGAUGGUGGAGGCAGGACUGAGAGUCAUUCCAGUCUAUGCUGAAAAGUGGUUUAAUUUCUUGAUUGAGAAAGGCAAGGUUGCUGAGUGCGUGCCUAUUCUCACCAAGAUGGCUGAGAGAGAACCAAGACCUGAUGUGACAACAUAUGAUAUUGUGAUUAGGGCACUCUGUGGGGAAGGUAAUUAUGAUGCAAGUUCCAAUUUAGUAAUUCAGAUGAUAAACUAUGGUGUUGGUAUCUCCAGUUCCCUUAGGGAGUUCCUCUUAGAAACUUUUGGUAACCAAGGUCGUCGUGAGGAGAUUGAAAGAGUUUUGGCUUCAAAACCUACUUACAUUCCACCUCCUACGCCACCUAGAGGUCAAGUUCCAUGGCUUUCACAAUUGCCUAGACAAUCAGCAGGAACUUCUCAUGCUCCAGGACAGCAGACAUCACCAGCUUCGUUAUCAUCACAAGUGCAAGGUCAGUCUUCAGCUCACAAUUCAAUGGGGCAUCAAAAUUUACGUCCCUCUUUUGUUGGAGGACAGCAACAAGCUUCUCCAACCUCUUUCGUUGGAGGACAAGGAUCAUCACAAAUGCAAGGCCAGCAGUCGGCACCUAAUCCAGGGUGGCAACAAGCUUCUCCGCCCUCUUUUGUUGCUGGACAAGGAUCAUCACAAAUGCAAGGCCAGCAGUAUUCACCUAAUCCAAGGUGGCAACAAACUUCACCACCUCCUUUUGUUGCUGGACAAGGAUCAUCACAAAUGCAAGGCCAGCAGUUUGCACCUAAUCCAAGGUGGCAACAAGCUUCACCACCAUCUUAUAUUGCUGGACAAGGAUCACAUCAAAUGCAUGGCCAGCAGUCAGAUCCUAAUCCAAGGUGGCAACAAGCUUCGCCACCCUCUUCUAUUGCUGGACAAGAAUCACAGCAAAUGCAAGGCCAUCAGUCAGAACCUAAUCCAAGGUGGCAACAAGCUUCACCACCCUCUUUUGUUGCUGGACAAGGAUUGCAUCAAAUGCAUGGCCAGCAGUCAGAACCUUAUCCAAGGUGGCAACAAACUUCACCAUCCUCUUUUGUUGCUGGACAAGGAUCACAUCAGACGCAAGGCCAGCAGCCAGCACCUAAUCCAAGGUGGCAACAAGCUUCACCACCCUCUUUUAUUGCUGGACAAGGAUCACAGCAAAUGCAAGGUCAGCCAUCAACUUUUGGACGAAAUUCACAUCAGGCAUCACCUCCUUUUAUCCAACAAGGAGUUUCACCACCGUCUUUCAUGGCUGGACAAGGAUCACAGCAGACGCAAGGUCAGCUAUCAGCUUUUGCAAGAAAUGUGCAACAAGCAUCACCUUCUUUCGUUCCACAGCGAGAAGCUUCAUCACACUCUUUCAUGGCUGGACAGGGAUCACAACAAAUGCAAGGUCAUCCACCACCUUCCUUCGUGCCAGGUGAUGCUUCUCAUGUGCAAGGUCAGCCAUCAGGUUUUGCACAUGUUCCACAAUGGUCGUCACCGCGCACUUAUAUGGCAGGACAAGUAGGAAACCAUCAAAUGCAAGGUGCAUCAGGUUCCACACAAACUACACAUAAGGCAUCACCUUAUUCCAUAGAUGGACAAAGAGCCCCUUCAAUGCAAGGUUUGGCAUCGGGACCUGCUCAUGCUCCGCUAAAUGAAAUCUCACACACAUCCCAAACAGUUAGAGGUCUGGGAUCAGCUUUUGCACAAAUGCCUGAGCAAAAUGUAAGACAUCAAGCUACAGGAGAGGCCUCAUCCCAAGGGGACAAUAUUGAGCAAUACCAAUACCCGGAAGUGGCACGCCAAGGGAGAAUGUAAAUUGGGAAGCGUAGUUUCUCCGAGGGGCCUGCUUUUGAUAACUAUCUGAAUAGGACUGCAGGAAGAGGAAACAUCAUCUUUGGUGUCACAUUCUCUCAUGGUUGAUUUGGCUUUGGUCAUGGAUUAAUAUGCACCGAUAGAAAUCAUUGACAAAUUUUUUAGAGACAAUUGAUGGUUUUGGGGUGUGAUUUGGUGAAACAAAUUAGAUUGUAAUAUUGGUGAAGAAAUAUAUUUAUUUACUCUA